AUGGCUAGGCCUAUUGAAAUAAUAGUAGACAUCAACGACGGAAAAGAGCUUUGGAAGCUUGCUGUUAGGAUUCAUCACAGAUGGAAUGUCGUGUCUAACAACAAGGAACAUUUUGAAAUGAUCUUUGUUGACAAAUCGGGUGAUGAUAUUCAUGUUGUUGUUCCAGCAUCGCAUAUGUCGGUGUUCAACCAAAAAUGCCUAUUAGACCAUACCUAUACCGUAUCAAAUUUUAAGGUCGUGCCGAAUGUCCCGGCCUUUAAGGCAUCAGCACACAAAUAUAUGCUAAAGUUUAUUGCUAGAACGUCUGUCGUUGAUGAUGACAAACAUGAGAUACCCCUGAAGCCGAUUGUUUUUACAAGUUGUUCAGACAUAAUAAUAGGGAAGUUUGUCAAAGAUGUCUUGCUUGAUGUCAUUGGAAUGGUGGGCAGUAUUGGAUAUGCACAGGCUCAGUCGGGUGCAAAGAAACAACAGAUUAAUAUGGUGUUACGAGACCACAGCAACAACAUAUUGAACUGUACUCUUUGGGAAUCAUAUGCGGAUCAGUUCAUGAGGUUUAAUCAAGAUAAGGUUGAUGCGUCAGUUACGACCAUUGUGUUGCUUCAGUAUGCCAAAAUGAAGGAAGAAGGUUACCUCCUCACCUAUAUUAAAGAGAGUGUUGAUGAGGCAAAAAUAGAUGCCCUUGAAGACCGUGAAUUGGUUACGAUGAGCUUCAUUUUGCAUUCAGAUCUAGAGAUUACUUCUGAGCACAAACCUGAUGCUAUCACACCUGCUGGUAAGAGGCAUUUUCCUGGUGCAUCAAGUGAAUCCACUACUUUGGAAGGGUUAUGUGAUGGAGAACUGACAUCAAACAAGCUGAAGAAGAUAAUUAAAUUGGAUAAGAAUGAUUAG